GCAAUAGCGGCGAAGAGGCUCCAGCGACAAUCAUCAGCAUAGUACUAGGUUUGCAGACAGACACUGUGCACAGUGCGCAUUCACACCCCCAUCGUCCACAAUGUGGAGGAGGGUGCGUGAGCGUGACGGGGCCUUCUCCACCCAAAAUAAUGAUAUAUGGCGCAGUUGUCUAAACGUGGAGGUCGCAAAUGUAGGAGACUGGAAACAGAAGAGGAAAAUGCCGCUGUGAGAAUUCGCCUGCGAGGAAUUUGCUUAAACCCUCCUCCCAGCUUCGGUGUCUGUGAGUUGAAGAGCGGUUGCUGGAUGUGGCUUGUGAGCGUCAUUGCUCUCAGGGGGUGAAGGGUUAGUGGUCAUGUGUCUUUCAGGGCCCUGCUGUAUUUAGAAGCUGUGUCGCCUUGGGUCUUCUUGAAGUGGGACCCACAUUGCAGCCACCAAUUAAGAAGUUUGUAGGACGGGAUCCUACCUGCUGUUUUGAUAAAGUGGGUUGUGUCCGCAAUUCGUGUCUUUUUUUUUGAGUUGGAGACGGAGGAGACGUUCAGUGUGGGAAGGAUUGGCUGUGUUCGUCAUGCCUGGUGUAUAUUCUCAGGCUUUGGCGAUUAGUGGCGGUGGGAUCUGAGGAGGGUUGCUGCUGCCAGCUCGCCCGUUGAGGUUGCGGGAGGGGAACGAUGCAACCAUCAUGGAAGGCAGUGAUGGAGGUGACGAAGACGGCGAUGGCGCAGAACGACUUUCCGCUGGUGUGGGGCACGGAUUUAGUCACGUGCAUUCACAAGCACGGCAUCGGAUUGCCGAGUGUCGAGCUCUCUUCCGUUCUGGUGCACUGCCUCGUUACCAAUGCCUCCUAUGCAUCGAGCACCGCUACUAUAUGGACCUAUAUUCAGCACGCCAUGUCAUGCCAAAUGGUGUCUGUUCUUCAUAUGCUUGCUCUUCUUACAAGCAGAAUCUUACCUAGUCGACACCAGCAACCUGAAAAUUACAGGAUGUACUUGGAGCUGACUAGCACCUUCGUGUUUUCUCUGUCGUCUACCAAGCUCAUGCUUUGCCGAGACAGGGUCGUGAAGGCCGUGGACGAGGCCCUACAAUUGUCAAAUUCGCCCGACACACCCAUUACGGAGGUCGGAAUUGUUAUUGUGCAUUUUCUUUUCGCCCUGAUGGCGCGGCUGGCCGAGUCAGUGUACGAGGAUUGGAAAUCAAACGAAGGAUCUAUUCACGGUCGAACGAUGGAGUCAGGGACUGCCGGGCACGAAGAGAAGCAUGAAAUGGGUUUAGAACAGCUGAAAAAAACUAAUAGCUUGGCGGCAGUUCACCUCAUGGCGAAGAUCAUACAGAACAAACGGACUGCUGACCUCCUUCGUAUCGCUCGCCGGAACUUACAGGAUCAGUGGACUCUGUUUGUGCAAAGGUUGCAGCUCUUGGAAUCGCUGACCAAUGAUCCUUCGUCCAAGGCACCAAAGGAGGCUAUGGAUGCCUUAGGACAGUUAGCCAAUGCUAUACAGCAAGGUCUUCAUCAAGAAUGGCGCUCGUCACAGAUGCCGGUCAUUCACGCGUUGCUGCCGUCGAGUUGUCGUUCAUCGUCCUUCGGUAAUGCAGGUGGGCUGGGCUACAGUUCACCUUGGCUCCCGUUCGAUAUCUACAUGGAAGCUGCCAUGGAAGGACGUCGCCUGUCCCAACGUUCCAAUGCGGAGAUCCUCGCUGAUGUUAUGAAGGCUAUGCAGUCGGUACACGCUGCGAACUGGGUGGAUUUAUUUCUGGGUCUUUGGACAGCAGGUUUGCGAUUAGUGAAACGGGAUCGUGAAUCUAUGGAAGGUCCAAACACACAUGUAGAGUCCCGCUUGUGCAUGCUGCUUUCUAUUUUGCCACUAGCAGCAGGCAUUGUGAUCGAAGAAGAAGAGAGAGGCCAACCACACCCUGAAAAUAUUUCUGGAGAUGACAAGGAUAGGAAAAUUCCAGGAGGUCGGCGUGCUGCUCUGGAAACUUGCCUGCAAGUUCUUGGUCAGUUUGAGUCUCUUUUGGUUCCUCCAACUGCUGCAGUUACUGCAGCAAAUCAGGUGGCUGCGAAGGUGGCUGCUUUUGUGAGCACUGGGGGACAAAAAAUGAAUGUGGAGAUCAGCAAUUCUGGUAAAUCUGCAGUUGGGACUAUGCGGCACUUGAUUGUGGAUUCCUGUGUAUCCAGAGGUUUGCUAGACAACUCGGCUUACUUCUGGCUUGUAACUGGAGGGCAGCUUGCAAAUAUUCCUUCUUCCCCUUCCCAACCGUCUCCUUGGUCCGUAUUCAUGGAUGGAGCUCCUUUCUCAGGCUCCCUGCGAGUUGCGUUGAUGUCGUGUCCUGCUGGAAGCGUUGCAGAGUUGGAAAAGGUCUACAAAACAGCCAUUGUUGGUCCUGAAGAAGAAAGAGCAGCAGCAGCUAGCAUCCUCUGCGGAGCCUCUCUCAUUCGCAGCUGGAAUGUGCAGGAAUAUGCAGUGCACUUUGCAGUGCAACUAUUAUCCCCGCCGGUUGCCGAAAACUGGGGUGGAAACAGUAACCCAUUGAUUGGGCAUGCCCCUAUGCUGUAUGCUGCACUUCAAGGCAUGAACACUGCUGAUGCGAUGAACGUCCUCUCCUUAUUUGGCAUGUUUCCAGAAUUGGCGGCAUCACUUCUCCCUAUUUGCGAAGUGUUCGGGUCACUCUCAAAUUCAAAACCCGUUGCAACUGUUGCGGGAGAGGAUGUUACAGCUCAUAUGCUAUUCUCUGUAGCUUUUCUACAGCUUGUCAAGCUGUGGAAGUUUCAUCGACCACCUCUGGAGCACUGUCUGCUAGGUAGUGGGGCUAGCCUUGGUGCAGACUUGAGCCUUGAGUAUCUGCUUCAGCUGCGUAACAUGCAAUUGGCUUCUCCUUCAGACAGGUUUGGCAAGCAGCGUAUGCAAGUGCUUGGAUCCACGUACACUCCAUCUUCAGGCAGUGUAGUAUCAUUGGAUUCUUUCCCACGGCUGCAGAUUUGGUACAUGCAGCAUCAAGCGUGCAUAUCUGCUACUGUCUCGGGCUUACUUCGCAACAACCCCAUGCAUCAAGUGGGAGAUCGUUUACUUGCUAUGAUGUUCAAGAAGGUUAACAAGAGUAGCCCUGGUCCUACACCAGGGAUAUCUGGAAGUCCAAGUGAGGACGUCUCUGGCAGGCCAAUUUUGUGUGCCUGGGACAUAAUUGCUGCUGUUCCAAAUGUUUUGGAGUAUUCGCUGACAGCUUGUGCCCAUGGCAGUCUGUCUCCUCGUGAUUUAACCACUGGGCUUCGAGAGCUGGUAGAUUAUCUUCCCGGCGCUAUUGCAACCAUAGUGAGCUAUUGCUCAGCGGAGACUACUAGGGGUUUAUGGAAAUAUGCGUCUAUGAACGGACAGGACUGGCCUAGUCCUGCUGCCAAUCUACUCACUAUUCAGGGAGAGGUGAAGGACAUUUUAGCUGCUGUUGGUGUUCACAUUCCAAAUCCAACAGGUUCUGGGGGAGGAAAUGCACCGGUGUCUUUGCCAUUGCCGCUAGCUGCUCUUAUAGGCUUGACCAUUACUUUCAAGUUAGACAGAGCUGGAGACACGUUGCUAAGCGUUGCAGGUCCUGGCCUUGAGAGCUGUUCUGGGGCUGGACCUUGGUUCAGCAUGCAAGUGGUUGCGGCUCUCUGGGCUCAAAAAGUGAGGAGGUGGCAUGACUAUAUUGUCUUUAUUAGCUCCUGCUCCGUGUUCAAGCACAACAAACCUGCAAUGUUGCAGUUGCUUAAGAGCUGCUUCGCCGUCACUCUUUCCUCUUCACCCUCCCUCGGAUCCAAGCUGCAGAUGAACGGUGGCGUAGGCGCGCUUCUCGGUUCCUGGUCUGCGUAUGGUCCCGAACCUGUCGCUCCAGGAAUUGUUUACCUCCGAUCCUACGUCUUUUUCCAUGAUAUUAUGUUUUUGAGCGACGAAAUUCUCAUUCUGGUAGCUGAAGCAGCCCGAGAACUGGGUACUCAAGGUGACUUCAACAAAGAAUCGUUAGUCGGGCUUGGGUCACGUUUGCGGUGCGUUCAAGCUUCAUUGCCCAAUUCUAUGGCAAGAGCGGUUCAAGCAUCAUCUUUAGGAGCUUCUUUACUAUAUGUAUCAGGCGGAGCUAUACUGGUAGCCAAGCUCUUCACUGACAGCAUCCCAACUUGGUUCUUGUCUGGGAAAGGUUCUAAAGGUAUCCACUCCACGGGUGGCUUGAUUCUAGAGGGUUACGCCAUAGCACAUUUUGUUCUCUUGUCAGGAGCUCUUGCCUGGGGUGUGUCUGGCUCCAGCGCAGUGCACUUGCAAGCUGAGAAUACAGGGAUCCCUUCCCAAAUACAGCGACAUUACGUGUUAGGAGCGCACAUGGACUUUCUAGCUUCAGGAUUGGGUGGCGAGAUUUUCAUAAGCUGCGAACAAACUCUGUGGAGAUCAUAUGUUGUUGGGUUCCUGGCGCUCAUGGUUACCUGCACACCAAUGUGGAUAUUGGAGCUCAAGCUAGACACGUUACAGAAGCUGGCAACAGGUUUGAGAUUUUGGCAUGAGCAUGACUUAGCCGUUGCGUUACUAGAAAGAGGAGGGCCGUCUGCAAUGGGAGCGGCUGCAGAACUCAUUCUGUGUUAAUAGUGAACGAUGUGAACUGCAAGUCUCCCUUGCUUACAUUCAAUUUUGAUUAGUAUGACAUUCUACUCUUAACAAAAAGAUCGUUUCGUAAGAGAAGAGUAAUACUACGUCUUCUGUUCAAUGAGCGUGAUACAUGGCAUGUAAUUUUGUAUCGUAUGUACUUCCCUCUACAUGGAGCGAAUGAAAUUGGGAUCAGUUUACUAUA